CAUGGACGGAGAGGAGUCAUUUGCUUCUUCGAGAGAAUUUUGCCCGCAAUGUGGCUCCGUUUUACCGUUUCCUGAGAAAGGAACGGUAGUUAUGAAGUGCAAGAAAUGUCCUGACAAAGUAAAUGCAAAAAGUAACUGCAUUAUACAUGGUGUGUUCUAUCAUUCAUACCUUCGUCUCAACUCUCCCAAGGAUGUUGAAGGUCGUCACGAGGUCAUCAGCCAGAAAUACCUAGGACCACUGAUUGACAGUGCAUGUGCCAAGUGCGGUCACGAUGGACUUCAUUUCCACACCAGGCAAACACGAUCAGCUGAUGAAGGACAAACCGUCUUCUAUUUUUGCCCGUCAUGCAGGCAUCAAGAGAUUGAGUACUCUUGA